AUCACAAAUUCACUUACAGUUUCGGUAAUAAAAAGAAAUUUAUUUUUCACAAAAGAUACAGUGAGCCUUGGCUCACAAUCUUACAUAUGCACACUAGCUCACGUUUAACACAAAAUUAUGCAUGGUGAGAGUCCAAUUAACUAUAAUGACGUAAAACAGCGAGUACUUGAUAAAGCUUGUUUUAAGUCAUUUGUCGUCUUUGAAAAUUAUUGAAAAUCAUUCCUAGUACAUUGUUUAACGAGACAAAAUGAGCAACGAUGAUGUACUGACGAAAUUUGAUAGAAAUCGAGCAAAUUGGGGAGCAAAUAAAUACCGGACGUCAUUUCCCACGCUGAUAAAGGCGGAAGUUGAAUAAUUUUUACUCAGAAGCAAGCAAUGAAUAAUAUCAUAUGGUCGAAUAUGGACGACGAUAUAAUAAAUCUCAAUAUCGGUGGACACAAAAUGACUACGAAAAGAUCCACUCUGUGUCAAGUCGAAGGUUCGUUACUCGCCUCCAUGUUUAGUGGACGUUGGGAAGACAGUCUCGAGCGUGACCAAGAUGAUGCCGUUUUCUUGGACUUUAAUCCUCAACAUUUUGGUUUUAUUUUAAAUUAUCUACGCGUGAAGCGAAUUGCGACUCCGGAGAAUCCCGCACCAUCGCCUAAAGUCCCUGAAGACCAGCUGAAAGAAUUUAGAAUUCUUGUCGAGUAUUUCGGGCUGAAUGACGAAAUGUUCCCCACUGAGAUUCUGCCAAACGAGAUAUUCAGUCUACACAGCAAAGGGCUCACUCUUGAGGAAGGCGGGAAAGUUGCAAUUCACGGUCCAACUCAUGGGCCUAAAUACGCUCUUGGUGAAAAUGCGUACCAAAAAGGGAUUAUUCGUCUUAAAUUGAAGUUAGAGUCGUUCCAAAAUAGAUAUUGGAUGUUGGUCGGCAUAGUGUUAGGGGAAUUAGGAGUUGUUGUACGACAGAGUGGCACUUCAUACGACUGGCCAGGUUCUUAUGGAUGGGCCAUCGGGAACAAUGGUAAUGAAGGAGUAUGGAAAGAGGGGUCUUUUACGAAAGACAAUACUUUGACAAAACUGAUAAAAACAGGUGACACGGUUGAGUUAGUCUUGAAUUGCGAUGCAGCUAAGUUGUCACUUCAUAUUCCCACUGGUCAGAAAUUUCACAUUGAUAUUCCAACGUUCCGGCAAACCUGGAGACUGCAUGUCUAUUUGUAUGGUGCAAAUGACAAAAUCCGUAUAACAAAUGUUAAUGAAUAAUAAAUUUAAGGCUCCAUUCUUUGUAUUACAAUAACAAUUGCCGGUUAACAGCACGAUAUGACUUUAGUUUCACUAGCCUGCGUAGCAGCCUCGCCGCCUGCAAGCAAAUAAAUGCCUGCUACACAGGCUAGACUAAAAGCCAGACUAAACGACUUUAUGUAUAUUUGAAACUGUUUCCAAUUGGCCGCGGCCACUAACCUCAUAGUACACUGGAUAGAACUACCUCGCCAGCGUGCCGCACGUGCGAAAAAAGAGAUGAAGUUGAUAGGCGAGGUAGUUCUGUCCAGUGCACUAUGAGAUCAGUGACCACCCCCUGGUGACCGCCCAGGAAAGUUGAGCUGAAUUCCCACUUGCAAGGAUAAUUUCGCUGUCGAAAUUCUCCGCUCAAUCUAUUUUGAAUUGUGAGCGGUGAAGUAGAACUGAUUUAUUCGGAUGGUCACAAUUCAAAAGAAAUCAAGCGAAAUAUCUCGACGACGAAAUAUUUCUCUGUAAGUGGAAAUCCUCCUGGCCUCUUUGCUCGAAAUGUCGAGGAGUGUACCACAUUUUUUCUGUGUAGAUUGAAUUCAAGUAAAUUU